CUGCAUAUCACUGAAGCUAGCUUUUGUGCUAUAGUUGUUUUCAUGCUUAUUUAUUGAAAUAUACGAACAUAUACUCACUAAUUAAUUUAAUAUUAAAAGACAUAGCUUACCAAGGCAUAAAAUUGUUAAACUUACUUACUCCGUUAACUGGAAUAUUUAUCGUUCUGAAACGCAAUAUGGAUAUUUUAAAUGAGUUUCUUAACUUAUUAACAAAGGGGAGGCAAUUAACAAAAGCUUUACUUGAAAGAACUCUAAACGCUGUGCUUUCUCUCGACGCGAGCGAAGUACGCGAAAAGCAGACGAUAUCAAACAUAUCAAGUGCUUUUUCGGUAAUUGGAGAGAAAGAGCAGUAUAGUGAACCAAAAAUUAUCUCCUGUCUAAAGAUUCUUUUGUACCUAUGUUUUGUAGGGAAGCACCCUGAUUUGGGUGAUAUUUUUAUAGAAACAUUUACUGGACUUGAUCCUUCGCUCAAGAAUUCUCUUAAAAAGACCAUUGGUCCAUUAACUUUGUCUUUGGGAUGUCAAUACUUAAACGAAACGGAAUAUUUUAGUGUUACAACUAACCUUGAGUUGUACGAUGAAACAGAAUACCAAAUGAUUGUUUUUGAACGCGUGGUCCUUCAAAUAAUGUCACUUUUUAUUGCGAAAUGUGAAGAUAACAAAUUGUACUUAAUAAACAAUCGGAAAGAACUGAAUUUAUACGCGAUUGGUGAGCGUUUAACCCACCGUGAUUUUGCGUGUAGGUUUCUGUGUGGACUUUUUAUAUCAAGAUUUUCUGUCUCUGGGAUAGAUGAGGAAAGCAAUAGACAAAAUGCUAUUCGUUUAAGUCUCUUUUACGCGAACGAUUCCUCGAAACCUACGUUGACUAUGCAGAUGCUGAAGGCGGAUCGAAUCUUUCAGACCAGCGCUGCCAAUUCAACGAAGGUUUUUUCUGGCACAUUUUCAGUAAAUUUAGAAACACCCACAAAUGCUACUAUGAUUAUCGAGCCUAGGGAUGUUAUCAUUUAUAGGAAAGGGUGUACUUUGUUGCAACUAUCUUGGGGAUCAAUUAAAGAUAUUAUGAUGACAAGUGAUGAAAGUUACAAAUUUUGCUUCACUACAGAUAUUCCCCAUUUAAAGGAUUGUAUCUUUGAAUGCCAGGACAAUUUAUCCUUUACCGAUUUGAAUUCCACUCUUCAGUAUGUCGGAGAUUCUUUAACACCUAAACUGUUUGUUUCUCCAAAAAUAGCUGUAAAUGAGUCAAAUAACAAUUUUAAGGAUACAUUAACGGAAGAAUCAGAGCAUUUUAUCCGUGAUCCACUGGAGUAUGAUAGUACUUAUGAAAAAUUUGAGAAUGAAGUUCUCGAUAAAAGUAUAUGUGCUGAAUCAAUAGAUGAAGCUUCCCAGGAGGAGGAGAAUGAAAAUGCGGAAGUUAAGGAAAAAAAUCCUGAAAAUGCUUCUGCUGGUGAUAACAUUUCCAAUUCGGAGAAUACACUGAACGAGGAGACUGCUAAAGAAACUGAAACUACUGAAACCAUGAAAGAAUAUACUAAUCAAGCAGCUUUGGAAAAUGAUUCUACAACGACCCCCCUAAGGAAGCGUACACGUGGCGGGAAAGCUUCUUCAAAGACAACUCGCCCUCCAAAGGUUAAAAAACCAAGGAGGGAUGAAAAGUACAAAGAAGUAGAUAAUCCUUUAGAAGGCUCGAAAGAAGAAGAAACACCUUGUCCCAAAAAUAAGAAGCAAGCCAAAGAACUCUUAAGAACGGAAGAAGGUAACAAUUCUGAGCAAUUGCUUUCAAAUGACAAAGAAAAUCAGAAUUCAAAUAAUUUUCAAGAGAAUAAUGGAUUGAAUGACAAUGUUAAAAAAGAGAAGAAUACUGUAGAGCCGAUGAGCAAUAUACAUCCACCGAUAGAAACGAUGGAAAAAGUCAAACCGGAGCCUUCAAACCAUUUACUGAAUGCUUGGGAUCACCCACAACAACCUGAUCACAAAUCGAUUUGGAAGCAAAUGCUGAAGGACAAAUCUUGGAAAAAGGAUUUGUUUACGCCUCCUCAGAAUCGAAAACGACAAAUUGAUUUAGCAACUUUUACAAAGCAAGGUUAUUCUACACUUGGAAGUACUCCAUCAUUACUUAAUACUUGUUCAAGUCCUCCUACGGAAGCUUCGUCCUUGGGUCCAUCUGUCAAUCGUAUGGAGGAUGGAAGCAGUAGUACCCUACUUUCAGAUACGACCGAUCAUAUGAAGGAGGAGAAUCUACGGUUAGUUAAACAAGAAGAAAAAGUUUCUAAGCCGUGUGGACUGGGUAAGGAACAAUCGAAGAGCGUCGGGCAAGUUGAUUUACCAAAUGCUCACGGAGUUGAGCGCUGUGUUUCUUUAAUUGGAAAGCAAAUCUAUUCAAUUAUAAUAAAACGCGAGGAAAGAUUAAAAGAACAAUUAAAUGUUUUUCACUCAAAUUCUACGAAUUUAGUUGAAGAGUUCCAAGAGAGACAAAAGGCUAGAUAUACAUCGAUAGAGAAGAUGCUUACCUCAGUGGAUAAUAGUCUAAUCCACCGAAUCAAGAAAUUGGUAUACGAAUGAGUAUGUGAACCAUGAUAAGGAAAAGCUAUAAACAUAUAUCGAGGGAUUGAAAUAUGAAAACAAUGAAUUCCUGUGAAAUAAACUUGACAGAAAAUAAUGAAUAAUAAAAAUAAAAAAAUACUAACUCUUACUAAUAUAAUUCAUAACAUUAUACAAAGAUUUAUUCAAUUAGCAAAACUAUUAAAACACCGGUUCAAUAACUAGAGAAA